ACUUCGACUUAACUAUUAAAAAAAAAUACAAACAAUUCGAGAUUGAUCUGAACGAGACUGGACUGUAAUGUGAAUACACACAUUGUUUCUUACGCAAGAAUAAAUAUUUUAUUAAACCGAUACCGGUACUAUAAUGUAGACUCGGCCUUAAAACCUCUUUCUUUUGGAAGACGUUUAAAAAAGAAUGCACGCUUUAGUCUAUGAUUCGCACGCAAAAGAAAAAACAAGUUCCACAUUCAAAACGUUAAAAUGACAGCACGCAAAUGUUCGCGCUAAGUCAAGUAACAUCAAAUCAAAACGUCUCUAAAUCGGCAUGGUACCAUUUCAAAAUUCUGAAGUAUUCGCCAGUUUCUUCUUCUAUUUAUUAUCUAAAUUUAUCAGUGUAUUGUUUGAGUUCUGUAAUCCGAUGUAUAACAGACGGGCCACGACGCUAACGAGUAUUCCUGAAAGGAAUGAAAAUGCCGAUGAGGUUAAGAAAUGGGUGCCUAAAAAGAAACACGAAGUGUUAAAAGCGAAAUAUAAAUGUUUGAAGAAACUAUUUCAAAUUUACGAUGCCAGUGUAAUAGGUAUACUACCGGAAACAUGCCAACAAGAUGCGGAAUUAAUAGGCGGAACAGAAAUAGACGUAAAGGAAUGCAAACGGAAAAAGCGCUCGAAAAGAACGAAGACCGACGCGUGCGCAGGCACCGCAGAAGUAUCUAACGGCGAUGUCACUGCACAGUCUGAAUCUGAGAGAGCAUCAACAAUAGCCACCGCCGUCAUGCGGGACCUAAAAAUCACCCAAUGCUCCUGCACCUCAACGCAAUACGAUGGCACUUUAGCGUCCAAGUACGACACAAACGCAACUACCCAAGUCUCCAAAGAGAACAUGGUUAGGGAGCGAGAAUGCGAAUGCACACAAACUCAUGUAAAUCCCAUACCAUAUAUGAUAGUCAAUGAGAGACCAAAGCUGACGAGAUUUCAGUGUUUCCUCCAAAGAAUCUUUGGUAUGCGCCGUGAAUGUACACAUUUUUCGAAUGGCCGAAUAUAUGCAGCCAGCGAUAAUAAUAUAUGUCACAAUUACCGCGAAAAACGGAAAAGGCGCGGGCUCAGAUUCCGAAGGUUGAGAAAGCCAAAGAAGAUUCAGUCUGAGAGUGCAUUGAGGAAUAUAAGGAGUCCAACCAUACUGACAUGUGUGCAGUCCGUUCAACGGAAUUGCCUAAUGGAUACAACCUCCAGGCAAUGUCCAAUUGUGGACUGUCAAAUGAUGUUUUAUGGUAUUAUCAACUAUAAUGAUCAUUUGAAUCUAUGCCAUUUUACUGACAAAAAAUAUAUUUGUCAUUACUGUCACGAGGGAUUCGAGCGGGAAUACGAUAAAUAUUGUCACGAGAAUGAUCACAUUGGCAUAAACAAACUAAACAUAACCUCCACGCCGUCAACUGACAGACACUCUAGUAAAAAGGCUAGUAUCACACAGACAGAUCCGGAACUAACGAAAAUCAAUGUGCAAGAAGAGAAAUUGAAGAAGAUUGUGUCGUUUUUUGAUAAAAUAACAGAUGCUGAUCAAAUGAUAGCACAGAUUAAGAAGGAUAGAUUUUCCGAAUCGAACUUGCGAAGUCAUAGAUCCAAGAUGGCGGCGACCACAGAUAAUAUGACAAGUACAGAGAACAGUUCAGACGGUGAUAAGAGGACGGUUAGCUGCGUAAAUUUACGUAGAAAAAAUAAUAGGAUUUAUAAUAAUUAUAUUUCGUCUGGCGAUUCGGACGCUACAUCGCAAGUUCCAUUCACCCCAGUAACUUGUAAUUUCUGUGGAGAAAACUUUGAAUUUAGACGCCAACUAAGUCUCCACAUGGACUUGGAGCACCGCAUUCACGACAAAUACUCCAAGUUCCACAGCUGUGCCGGAAUAAUCAACUCCAAGCGCAGCGAAAUGCUCUCGGAACGUGGCAAGAUCAGUAUACAUAGUGUAGACCAUGAAGCGUCCACCAUAAGACGCGUUAACACGUGUUCAACGUUGACUCAAGACUUAGAAACUUCUAGAAGGUCAGAUGAAUCGUUAACGUGCGACCCAUCGACCAAUAUAGUGUACUAUACUUCUCUGGAAACGACCAAACCGUCCAUAGGGAGUUUCGUGAACCGAGGGGGUUAUAAAUGGGAGCCUGGAACGAAGAUUAUACAUGUAUGAUUGUCCGUCUGUGUGUCGUAUAUUGUAUUGUAAUAGACUAGUACUUUUAACA